CUUUAAUACGUGAGAAUAAUAAGAAUAGUAAACAAUUAGAAAAUUAAAAAGCAGAGUAUGUUCUCUUAGUUUUCUCGAUAUCCGGCGGAUAUAAGUCGUCAGCCAUCUUGCUAGCAAUAUUUCGGCGCUCGGCCAUUUUUGUUGCGUCGACGUCAAGUGUGGCCAGAGGCCUUUCAUCGUAGCCAGUCUUCGAAUUUCCUUUGUAUCGAAUUAUCGACAGAUAAAAACUGUAAUUCUAACUACUUGGCUUAGUCGACAAGUUUCGUUUGUAGCUCAGGAAGAAACGAAAGGAGAGGAAAAAGGAUUGAACAAUUGAAAUUUUUUGCUUAGUGAUUGUCUAGGCGAAUAAUAGUUAAAGAGCUUCUGCGGCAGAGCCACGAAAAAUACGCACCGAGGCGGAGUAAUAUGAGUAAUGCAGCCAACCAGAAUGGAUCAGGUCUAGAGCAGCAGUUAGCUGGUCUGGACUUGCAGGGCUCCCGCCAACCAAGUGGGGGUCGCUACGUACCACCGCAUUUACGAAAUAAAUCUGGAAGUAACGCGCCUUCUGGCGGAGAUCAUCAUUUUUCUUCCAACUCAAGACCAUAUUCUGAUAGAGAUAGAGGAAGGGAUCGUGAUCGCGAAAGGGAAAGGGAAAGAGAUCGUGAUAGAGGAAGAGGUGGUUCAGGUUAUAGAGAUACGCGCUCUCGUGAUGUCGAUUUUGGAAAUUUCGGAAAUUUCGGUGGGCGCACUAGACGUAGUGCCAAUCAAGAAAAUGGAAGAGAUUAUAGAUAUUCCAAUUCAGACCGUGAGCGAGAUCGAGAUCGCACGGUUAACUCUGGAAAUGAUCGUUGGCAAGAACCUAGAAACGAUCGCUGGCCAGACAACAGAAACGAUCAUAGAAUGGGGGGCGGUCGAUGGAAGGACGACAGAGAAGGAGGUAGGACGAAUUCUGAAAUCGACUGGACAAUACCCACUUCCAGAGAUGAGCGAUUGGAGGUGGAAUUAUUUGGUACUGGAAAUACUGGCAUUAAUUUUAGUAAAUAUGAGGAUAUCCCAGUUGAGGCUACCGGGGAUAACAUACCUCCACACAUCACAUCUUUUGACGAAGUUAAGCUGACGGAGAUAAUAAAGAAUAGUAUUAGUUUGGCUGGUUAUGAUAAACCCACACCAGUACAGAAGUAUGCGAUACCGAUUAUUAUCGGACGCCGUGAUGUUAUGGCCUGUGCCCAAACAGGGUCUGGUAAAACAGCGGCCUUUUUAGUGCCAAUAUUAAAUCAGAUUUAUGAAAGCGGGCCACGUCCACCACCAAUUAAUUCUUCUGGAAAGCGCAAACAUUUCCCUCUUGGUCUAGUAUUAGCACCUACAAGAGAGCUUGCUACGCAAAUAUAUGACGAAGCACGGAAAUUUGCAUACAGAUCACGUAUGCGUCCUGCUGUUGUCUACGGUGGUUCGAACAUCGUAGAUCAAAUGCGAGAAUUGGAUCGUGGAUGUCAUUUACUUGUUGCAACACCUGGUCGCCUUGUAGAUAUGUUAGGUCGUGGUAAAAUCGGAUUACAUAAUUGUCGAUAUUUAGUAUUGGACGAAGCUGAUCGUAUGUUGGAUAUGGGUUUCGAGCCACAAAUAAGACGUAUAGUUCAGGAGGAUACAAUGCCUCCCACGGGAGAAAGACAAACGCUCAUGUUUUCAGCUACAUUUCCAAAAGAAAUUCAAAUGCUGGCAAGAGAUUUUCUUAGUAACUAUAUCUUUUUAGCUGUAGGCCGUGUUGGUUCUACGUCUGAAAAUAUUACUCAGAAAAUUGUAUGGGUGGAGGAACAUGAUAAGCGUUCUUAUUUGCUUGAUCUUCUUCAAGCUAGCAAUUUUUCAGAUCCUUCUGCCGAAUCAUUGACUCUAGUAUUCGUGGAAACAAAGAAAGGUGCGGAUAUGUUAGAAGAAUAUUUACAUCAAAUGGGAUAUCCGGUCACUAGCAUCCAUGGUGAUCGAACACAGCGUGAACGAGAAGAUGCUUUACGUCGUUUUCGAGCUGGUAAAGCGCCAAUACUUGUUGCUACUGCUGUUGCUGCCCGUGGACUUGAUAUUCCACAUGUUAAACAUGUGAUAAAUUUCGAUUUACCCGGAGAUGUAGAAGAAUAUGUUCAUCGGAUCGGUCGUACAGGUCGUAUGGGAAAUUUAGGUUUAGCAACAUCAUUUUUCAACAAUAAGAAUAUUAACUUAGUACGUGACUUGGUAUCUCUCUUAGUUGAAGCUAAUCAAGAACUUCCACCUUGGUUAGACGAUAUGUUUAGUGAAGCAAGAUAUUCCGGAGGUGGAUCUCGUCGUGCCGGAAGUACUAAAGGCCGAUUUAGCGGUGGAUUUGGUGCUAGAGAUUAUCGUCAGCAACCUAGCUCCGGGUCUGCUCGCAAUAAUGGUUCCUCCAAUAGGCCUGGUAGUUAUGGAGGAAGUUACGGAAAUUAUGGAGGUAACUAUAACAAUUCAUCGUAUAAUAAUUCUGCUAACAACGUCAACAGUAAUGAUCCUGAUUGGUGGGACAAGUAAAUCAUUAUAUCACCAUCUCUAUUUUCACUCUUUUAUCAUUAUUACUACUGUACACGUAAAUUCAAAUAUAUGUAAGAAAGACACGUACGACAUACAUACAUCGGAUACAACACGCACGUAUUUGCGCGUGUAUAUUACGUAUACACCAAAAAAAAAAAAAAAAAAAAAAAAAAGACAGUAUCACGUAUAUAAUUACAAAUCACGUUCGCUGACUGCCUGUGCACUACACAAUUUUCAAACUAAAAAGGAAAAAAAAAUAAUUGUGUUUAUUCAAUUCCAUAAAAAUAAAUAAUACUUUUAUUCGCGUGCGACGAAACGCUAUAUCGACAAAUCCGAAUAUAUAAUCUCAGCAUUAAGAAGAGAAAACUGUAAAGGAAAAUCAUCGUAUAUUAAUAUUAAAAAAAAGAAACAAGAAAAAAUGAUCUCAUUUUUAAGAGAUAUCAGAGUUAUUAUAGGAUUUGUCAAAUGACUUAGAGAGAGAGAGAGAGAGAGCGAGCGAGAGAGCGAGAACGAGAGAGAGAGAGAGAGAAAUAAAUAUAGGAUCCAUCCAAGGUUUCGUUGCCGUGCGUGUUGAAGAACACAAAUAGUAUAAUCAUUAAUGAAUCAAAUCGAGCAGUCGUUCAUGUUCUAGUUAGGGCAUAACGAUGAUGUGACACGUAGUAAGUGAAGAAAAACUUAGUGAAAUUUUUUAGAACUCCUGUCGAGAUUAUGGGGCUCAUUGUAUGGCUUCAUUAAUUAAAAUUUUUGAAGGACGUGGUGGGCGUAUCUUCGAGAGAAUCGUGGCGUCUAGAGAUUCGUGUAAUUAAUAGAGCUUUAAAUGCACAAGUGCUUUAUUAUUCUCGCCUGAAUGGUGGCCAGUAUCUUGUGUAAUUUAAUUUAAACCAGUGGCGCUAUUUUUUUUUCCUUUCUUUUCUUAUGCAUAUAUGUAUAUGUAUAUGUAUAUAUUUAUAUACGUUUAUAUGUAAUUAUAUAUAUAUAUACAUGUAUAUAUAUUUUUUUUUACUAGGCGUCCACGAUACGCCAUACCGCCAUCGCCAUAGAUUUCGUCAAAACGAUUCCUGUUUUUAAAUUUAAAACUAUAAUCCAGCGACGAAUGGUACUUUGUUGUUUUGCCGUCCCCAGACACAAACGACGUUGCGCCGGCAAUAUCAUGGUUUAAUCGACUGAAUCGCGUUAAGCGUCGAGUAAGUCGAUGAGCUUUGAUGAGUUGAUGUGAGAAGGAAACAGGCUGCGUCUUAAGAUACUUUUAGAAAUCUCGUUUAUAUUUCUGUCACGUCCUGUUAAUAAUAUAUUAAGUAAGUUUAGAAAGUUUCUGAUGCUGUAAACUUGUUGCUUCUCUUGUAACUCUCUUAAUUCGAGGAGUUAUUUUAUUUUAAAAAAAAAAAAAAGAAAAAAAAAAGAAAAAAAAAAAGUUCGGUAUUCAUUGUAUUUAGAGUAGGCUGGAAAAAAGCUCAAUUUUUUCAGCAAAUAUCAGGUAUAUGUGUAUUUUGGGUACCUGAAUUUUUAACGUACUCUAAUUAAAAAAUUUCUAAACGUAACAAAGACGUUGUCCUGUAUAAAAUUGAAGAUACGGUGUGUUAUUAAAGAAAAAAAAAAAAAGAAAAAUCUUAGAUCGCAGAUACUGAAUGCGAGUGCUCUAGAACGAGAAA